AAGGAAUCGAAGUCACUUGAAGUCGAAGGAAUCGCCGCCAUGGCGGCUUCGAGAACGUAUGGUUCAGCCGGAGUCGAACCCCUUGGAAGCACUCCAAAGCUGGGUCGCAUGGGCCAACUCCGGGAGCCAAGUCUUGAAUCUGGGCCUUCAAGAUGGCCUAGUGGUACCAGGCUUGGGCGGCACGCUGUUGGCCUCCAGGCUACCGGCAGACGCCGAAGCUGUCGAUUGGGAGGCGGCCUUGAAGAGGCAAAAUGCUGCCAACGACGAGCUUUGUAGUGAAAAUAGUCAACUACAACUCGAAGUACAGCGGUUAGCUGCAGAAGAGUCACGCGAAGCCUGGGAGGAUGAGACCGAAGAUCAAGAAUCCAGUUGGUUGGAUGAGCUGAUCAGCAAGGUUCAGGAAGCUGCAAGCUCGACAGCUCAUACUGAUGAAGGCAAGUCCAGCUUUCUGGCGCGGCUCCUGUCAUGCUUGGACCAGGCCAUUCGUGCGGCCGAUACGGACGAGGCCGCUGGAGCCACGACCAUGGCUGAGGAGGU